AUGGCUGAAACUGGAGCGGAGGGUAAUGCGAUUAGUACCGGGGAUGACGGAAAGGAGCCGAAUGACGCAGAGGAGUCUAGAGAGACUAAAGACGCAAGAGACUUAGUGGAGAUUAAGAUCGUCGACGAUAAAGCAGGGGGGGUAGUAGGCGACGAGAAGCGGAAGGCGGCAGGGGGAAAGAAGCGGAAGAAGAAGCGCCUGGCGGGGCGGAAAUGGGCGGUGUUGCUUGUCGGGAUGCGGGGGGAGGCGGAGCUGCUACAGUGCACGAAGCAGGCCAUCAUGCGCCGCGUGUCGGUCCCCGCGCGCGAUCUCCGCUUAAACGGCCCGUUGCUGUCCUCCGCCGCCGCGAUUCUCGGCAGGGAGGGGUGCAUGAUGGUGAACCUGGAGCAUGUGAAGGCCAUCGUGUCAGCGCAACAGGUGCUGCUUUUCAACCCCUCCUCGCCGCCCGUUGCCGCCUUUGCCGCCCACCUGGAACGAGUGCUUGCCAUGGGGCCUGAACCGGCACAGACAGAGGUGCAGACGAAGAUGCAGGGGCAGGCACGGACACACGAUCUUGUGGAAUCACACACGCGGGCAGAGGCGGAAGUGGGGAGGGAUGAGGCACAGGCACGGACGCACGCUAUUCUAGAGGAGGUGGUGAGCAGGAGGCUGGAGGGGGAGUGCCGCGAGCUGGAGAGGGAUGCGUAUGCUGCACUUAAUGCACUUGCCAGGGCUGUCAGCACGGCGGGUCUGGAGGCCGUGAGAGGGGUGAAGAACCGGCUGACAGUGCUGACCUCCCGCGUGCAGAAGGCUGUGAGCACGGCAGGCCUGGAGGCCGUGAGAGGCGUGAAGAACAGGUUGACUGUGUUGACCUCCCGUGUGCAGAAGGCGCGGGACGAGUUGGAGCAUCUGCGGGACAUGGCAGACCAUUACCUUUACCUCUACCUUCACACUGUGCGGGAUGAGUUGGAGCAUCUACUCGAUGACGACAGGGACAUGGCGGAUCUCUAUCUCACACGCCAGCUGCAAUGGCUCACUCUACCCGCCUCUCCCGCACACUCUCCCUCACACUCGCCCUCACACUCACCCUCACACUCUCCCUCACGCGCUCACCCACUCUCUCCUGCACAAUCUCCCUCUCCUGCACAUUCAUCCCAACACUCCUCCACACACUCUCCCCCACACUCUCCUUCAAACUUUCCAGCACACACUCCCACACACUCUCCAACACCCUCUCACUCACUCUCACGCUCACCUUCACAUUCCCCUCCACCUGACCUUUCUUCUCCUCCUCCCAAUUCCCUCUCUCCUCAUAUCCAGCCCGCUGCUGCUGGGCCUGCCUUUCCCCCUACCGUCUCUAGUCACAGGGGCUCCCUCACUCACUCCCCCACACACUCCCUCACGCACUCCCUCACUCACUCGCUCCCUUACUCGCUCACUCACUCGCUUUCCUUCCUCCCUGUCACCGGCCGAAGCUUCCGCAGCUCUGGCAGAGGCGCAUGGGGGGGAAUGGGGGGAACGCCGAGGGGGGGAAUGGGGGAGGGGUCGGGGAGCAGUGUGAGUUCGAGUGUGGUGAGUGUGGGAGGAGGGGAGGAUGUGGAGGAAUUGGAGAUGCUUUUGGAGGCGUAUUUCACGCAAGUGGACCGACUCCUGAAUGACUUGACAGCGCUCCAUGAGUACGUGGACGACACGGAGGACUAUGUGAACACGCAGCUGGACUACCGCAGGAACCAGCUGCAGGGGAUGCAGGUGCGUGGUGCUGAUGACGUGGCAGUAGUGACUGACGUGGCAGGAGUGACUGACGUGGCAGGAGUGACUGGCGUGGCAGGAGUGACUGGCGUGGCAGGAGUGACUGACGUGGCAGGAGUGUCUGACGUGGCAGGAGUGACUGGCGUGGCAGGAGUGACUGACGUGGCAGGAGUGACUGACGUGGCAGGAGUGACUGACGUGGCAGGAGUGACUGGCGUGGCAGCUCAUCCUGGGGUUGGGGACUUGGGUCAUGUCGUCAUGAUGAUUCUUGCCGCCUUUUUAUCAAACCUCCCAAAACCUCUGCGUCCCCUCCUCCCUCUUCCUAUAUUCCCUCCCAUGCUAUCUACCACCUCCUCCCCUCCCCACCUCCAGGUGCUGAUAACAGCAACAGGCACAGUCCUGUCUAUCAUCAUUGUGAUCAUAGCAGCCUUCUCAAUGAACCUCCCCAACUUCCUCUUUGAGAUGGACGGCCAGUUCCUCCCCGUGCUGCUGCCCCUGCUCAGCACUGGUGCCGCUCUUCUGGGUGGUUUCAUAUACUACACCUGGUAUUUCCAAAUAAUCACCUGA